UUAGUGAUAUGAGUAAAGAAGGUCACAUAUUGCUAGCAUUAUUUGGAUAUGAUGACCAAGAAACAUGACCAAUUGAAGAGAACGCUGGAGUGUUACCAUGGUUGAGAAGAAUUACCGAGCCACUCAGUAAUCCGAUGCUGACACAGAUAACCAACUGUUUUGUCUAAUGAUGCUGAAAAAGAAAAUGAUCCAGAAUUGACACUGACUGCAAACUUAUAAAGCAAUGAUAAUCUUAGCCAUUCCAAUCUGCAUUUUGGGAUUGUUUGCUAAUGCAAUGGUCUUUUAUUUUCUUUGUUCUAAGAUCAAGAAGACAAAAUUCACUGUGUACUUUAUGAAUAUGAUUUUUGCUGAUAUUAUUGUUCUGCUUUAUCAGUACACAUAUUUUAUGUUAUUUCUGAAACCAACUGAAGUCACUGCUUCAGUUUCAAACUUUUUGGAGUUGACAUAUAUGCUUGCAUACAACUCUGGCCUCUAUGUAUUAACAGCUUUGUGUGCCGAAAGAUGUGUGUUAGUCUUUUUCCCCAUCUGGUAUCGAAGUCACCGACCAAAACAUUUCUCAUUUCUGGUGUGUGCCCUAUCGUGGAUUUUCUCUGCUCUGGUAUCCAUUAUGGAGUAUUUUACAUGCUAUCCAAGGUUCUAUGCCUACCUGGAUGAAGACAGUUACGGCUGUUACUUCCAAACCAUAUUCCAAAUAAUAAUCUUCUUGAUCUUUGUACCCAUCAUGGCCAUUUCUACUUUGGCCAUUUUUAUCAGAAUGAAGCAAAAAGUACGGCAAGGCCCUCCUGCACCAAUUGAUGUCACCAUUACAGCUGUAGUUAUAUUCUUCCUUAUAUUUGAUUCAUCAGUUAGAGUCUACAAUUUCCUAGAAUAUUGGUAUGACGCACUAGGUGUACCUCUUUUUACUAUUUCUGUGCUAUUUGAUGCCAUAGCCAGAGGCAUUGAUCCCUUUUUAUUUUUCUUCGUUGGAUACUGUAGUGAGAGAGAAUGCGAUCCUCUGGAAGUUUUUGUUGAGAGAUCUUUGCAGGAUGAAAGAAACAGAGUAGAAGGAACAUAAGGAGACCAAGAACAAGCCUGAAAAUAUAAAAUUUUUCAACAUGGAGGACUAUUGGCUUGAGGAAUAAAUGUAUUAACAGGACAUUACUUUUAUGGUUCAUUACUUCUAGCACAUACACUCAGGCCUUUUGCCACGGUCAACUGCACCCUUUUAUUGUGGUCACAAGGAUCUUGCCUAUUCCUGCCAUGCUAUUGGUCGACAACAAGGACGCUGAAGGAAAGGGCAGCCAGGCGCCAGGCAGAUGAGAGAACCUUGCCAAUCCUCUGUAGUAAUUAAGAUAGCAGGAAAGCUUGAAUCAAGAAGAAAUGCAUAACCAGAAGACAAGGACACAGAUCUGUAUACAAUUUGCAUACGAUGAUUUACUGGAUCAGGGACUUUCUGUCUGCAAAGUAUACAUUUCACCAUUGAGUUGCAGCCCUACCCUGUUUUACAGCUCCAAGUGCCUAAAAGGCAAGAGACAGGCCCUAUAAAGAGUCACUUUCUGCCAAGGUGAAAAGGAAAUUUAAAGCUGAGCCAAGUUGAUACACAGGAGAGACAUUUGCCACACUCUGGGGAGUAAGCAAAAGAAUCAAGAGUGCCAUACUGGAUCAUCAAUACAGACAGGGAAGAGGCAGCAACAGGGACCAAAUUAUCUGGAUCGGUGUUGGUGAGAGGUUUAUCAAGAAAGAGAGCAAGGGAUGCUGAGAGCCAGGAUCAAGGGACAAGACGGGCCAGGAAAGGAGCCGAUUCUCUGUAUUGCACUGGUGUCUUGGAUCCAUUUCCUUCCCCUCACAUCUGUGGUGCUAACUUCCUUUCAUUGGUCACAGCAAGUCAGUUUCAGCAGUAGAAUGUUUUCCACGAAGACGCUUACUUAAUCCCAACUGCACUUUGAACCACUAGUGUUCUCUGGGACUGAAAGGGUGUUCCUCCUGAGAGGUUCUUUUUCUGUCUGAAGAGAAUGGGUCUUCUCUGGAAAGGCCAUACUCUACCUCCAGGUUAGGACUUGCUACAGUAGGACCUCAAGCUCAUCCCUUCCACCUUCCUGAUUGGUGAUACCAUCCUGUGAAGAAGACUUUGACAGGCAGGGCAUGCCAUGCCCUCUCUCCAAAAUGGAUUCAUUUAAAUA